AGCCUGGUGGAAGGCUGCAGGAGCACCGCCAGUGCUGCUCAUACACUCAGCUCCAACAAAGCUCGAGGCAAUAUUUCCCCUUGGCAAGUGCAGGCUGCCGCGGCCGCAGCCCCAAUGCACUUUGCAGCACGAUGUCGUGGCACGAUCACCUUUCGGAAGAAGCCAGGCAAGAUCUGAGGCAGGUGGAGACAGAGAUGCAGAGAGAGAUGAGGCUGCUGGACCUGCACCUGCAGCAGCUCCGUGAGGAUCUGCCUACGUGCUGCCCACACCAUGUGCGGCCCUGCUGCCUGCACCAGCCUGACGCCUGCCCCUGGGAGAGAAGGGCCAUCACCGCGAGGAUGGAUGUGGAGCGGGAGCUCAAGAGCAUACAAAGAAGACUUAACAAGAUGGUACAUUCUUUCCAUGAUCACAGACUUUUGGCUUUGAUAGACAUGAAGGGGUUUGACCCCAAGGAAAUCUCUGUAACAGUGAAAGACGGGAAGGUGAAGGUGGUAGCGGAGCACAAGGAGGAGUUCAGCACCUCCAGAGGGAAGGAGUAUAACUACAAAAACAUCUCUCAGGAAAUCAGCCUGCCAUUGGGUGUGAGUGAGGACGAGGUGACCUACUCGUUAUGCCCCAAUAACGUUCUGAAGAUCGAAGCAGUAAGGUGCUGCCCUUGUCUUCCGAGCACCUGAGCCACAGCAGGGAGCAGCACCCAGGCACAGUCAUUCCUCUGCCACAUCUCCCCAUCAGCUUUAGGUCUGUUCCCUUAAUCAUGCACCAGCAGCUCCCUGGGCCUCUUCCUAAAUAAAAGGCAGAACUCU